AUGAACAUUACUGGCUCGGCGCCGCGUUUAGUCUCGGAUCCUCAGGGCCAGUUAAUAGGCUGGGCCGCCCGGCUUGCUGCGAAUCUCUGUCCAUACUCGACUCCGUUGAUGGACAUGCAAAUCGCUGUACUCAUUAUCGCCCCAGCUUUCACAACGGCCGGUAUCUACGGAAUCCUCACUCUCGUAGUCCCAAUCGUUGGCCGAGACAAAUCACUCCUACGUCCACGCCAGGACCUGAUAAUCUUCAUGCUUGUCGACUUUUUCUCCGGGUCAUUGCAGGCUAUGGGUGGUGGCCUUGCCGCAUCUGCAUUUGGACAGAACAAAGAUCCUGAACCCGGCACAUAUACAAUGUUAGCUGGUAUUGCAGCGCAACUCGCUGGGACUGCAAUUCUCUCUCUGUUUUUUGAAGGCUGUCAUUAUUUGGGCUAG